AUGGGCAAAUCCUCCAAAGACAAGCGCGACGCCUACUACCGCCUCGCCAAAGAGCAAGGCUGGCGCGCAAGAAGCGCUUUCAAGCUCCUCCAACUCGACGAAGAAUUCGACCUCUUUUCCAACGUCACCCGCGUCGUCGACCUCUGCGCCGCCCCGGGCUCCUGGUCGCAGGUCCUCUCGCGCGUGCUCAUCAAGGGCGAAAAGUUUGGCCGCUCGGCAUGGCAGGAUCGCGAUGCCCGAGUGCGGCAGCAGAUGCUCGGCGUCUUCCCCGAGGCCUUUACGCCCGAGCAGAGGGAGGCCAUAGAAAGAGAAACGUCAUCAUCAUCGCCAACAUCAACAUCAGCAUCGUCGACAUCUGAAACGGCAGCCGGAGCAGCAACGACGACGACGACAACGAACCCAGACGUCAAAAUCGUCUCCAUCGACCUCCAGCCCAUCUCUCCCCUCGCCGGCAUCACCACCCUCCGCGCAGACAUCACCCACCCCGCCACCGUCCCGCUCCUCCUCUCCGCCCUCGACCCGUCCUACGACGCCUCCUCCUCCGCCGAAAACACCCAGGCGGCCCAGCACCCGGUCGAUCUCGUCCUCAGCGACGGCGCCCCGGACGUCACCGGCCUGCACGACCUCGACAUCUACGUCCAGUCGCAGCUGCUCUUCGCCGCGCUCAACCUCGCCCUCUGCGUCCUCCGCCCCGGCGGCAAGUUUGUCGCCAAAAUCUUCCGCGGCCGCAAUGUCGACGUCCUGUACGCGCAGCUCAAGAUCUUCUUCGAAAAAGUCAUUGUCGCCAAGCCCAGGAGCAGCAGAGCCAGCAGCGUCGAGGCCUUUAUCGUGUGCCUCAACUUUCGCCCGCCGGCGGGCUUCCGUGCGAGCCUCGAGGAGCCGCUCGGGGUAGGGCGGCGGCUGGACCGGAUGGUGAGGGAGCGGGACGUCGCAUCGACACGGACGGCAUCUCACGGGGGCGGAAUCACAGAAGUGGAAGUCUACGACGAGAUGGUGGAAAGCGACAAGGAUAAUGGGGCACGCUGGAUUGCCCCGUUUAUUGCCUGUGGUGAUCUAUCAGCCUUUGACUCCGACGCCUCCUACCAGCUGCCCGAGGACUAUGUCUCCCUGGACCCCGUCCAACCUCCAAUUGCUCCGCCGUACAAGCGAGCGCUCGAAUUGCGCGCUGGACUAUCUAAGCCUUCGAGGUAG